GUAUUUGUGUAUCUAACAGCUACGUCAUCAGUGGGCGACGACACCGAAGAGCUUUGCAUGAGCUUUUCAAAGAUAGAGAAACAAUGACAAGUUUAGAACAGGCUUUGAAAACCCACUUCGGGUUCGACAGUUUCAGGUCGAAGCUACAGGAAGACGUUGCGAAGGCAGCCAUUAGAGGUGACAGGGAUGUGUUCGUGUGUAUGCCCACCGGGGCAGGGAAGUCCCUCUGCUACCAGCUUCCUGCGGUGUUGGCUGAGGGUAUUACUCUGGUUAUAUCCCCCUUAAUCGCUCUCAUUCAGGACCAAGUGGAGCACCUGAAGGAGCUCAAAAUCCCCGCCUGCUCCAUCAACUCCAAGCUCCCGGCAGGUGAACGCCGCCUCAUCCUGGCCGACCUGGGGAGCAGCAGUCCAAAGCUGAAGCUUCUCUACAUCACCCCAGAGAUGGUGGCCUCGCCGUCAUUCCAGCCCUGCCUGACGGGCCUGUGCUCCCGCGGCCUGCUGUCCUACCUGGCUGUGGACGAGGCCCACUGCGUCUCCCAGUGGGGCCAUGACUUCAGGCCGGACUACCUCAAGCUGGGCGACCUAAGGGAUCGCUUGCCGGGAGUCCCCUGCUUGGCUUUGACAGCAACGGCCUCCAAAAACGUACAGGCAGACAUUGUUCAGUCCCUGAGGCUGCGCUCGCCGCUGUAUUUUCUCACGCCCGUUUUCCGGAGUAAUUUGCACUAUGACGUGAUCUUCAGGGAGCUGCUGCCCAACCCGUACGCCCACCUCCAUGCCUUUAUUAAAAAGGCGCUGGCAAUGAGCAAGGGCUGUGAAACGGUGGCUCACCAGCUGACCAAGCUAGGAAUCUUGUCCAAGCCGUAUCACGCAGGUCUGAAGGCAGGAGACCGCACAGAGGCCCAGACUGAGUGGAUGCAGGGGAAGGUGCUGGUAAUUGUUGCCACCAUCAGCUUUGGAAUGGGAGUAGAUAAGGCCAACGUCAGAUUCGUUGCUCACUGGAACCUCGCAAAGUCCCUGGCCAGUUAUUACCAGGAGUCCGGUCGAGCGGGUCGAGAUGGUCUGCCCUCCUCAUGUCGCACAUACUACUCCCCAAAGGACAAAGAGCAGAUGAACUUCCUCAUCCGCCAGGAGUUCAACCGCAAACAGGAAAAACGUGGCUCUGCAAAGGAGAGCGACAAAUCCGCCAUCACUGACUUUGAAGCCAUGGUGGCGUUUUGUGAGCAAGAGAGCUGUCGCCAUGCCGCCAUCUCCAAGUUCUUUGGGGACCAGAGGCCCAACUGUGCAGGAGCCUGCGACUGCUGCCGGAACCCCAAAGCUGUGAGAGCUCAGCUGGAGAGAGCGUCUGCCCUCAGCACCAGGAGCCAGGCCGCUCAGAAAGAAGGGCCCUUCGGCUUCCUGCCGGGCCUGCACGAUGAGGAGGAGGCGGGCAGCGGGGAAGAGGACUCCGUCAAGAGAAAGAAAGAGUUUUCAGACCUCUUCAAGAAGCAGAUGGGCCUGCGGAAGGCCUCUGACCUUCAAAGGGGGGACUUUGUUCCACCAGAUGCCGACUGCCCGCUCAGAGAGGCCAGCAGCCAGAGGAUCCCCAGGCUCACCGUAAAGACCAGAGAGCACUGCCUGCACCGCCUGCAGGAGGCUCUGGAAAGCCAGCAGGGGGCAGUAGGUGCAUUCAGUCCGUCACAGGCGGUGGAAAUUGAGCACGAGGUCUUCAAAAACAGCAAGUCCUGUAAUCUAUACAAAGCUGCCAUCCUAAAGAAGGUGUCCGCAGACGUGUCAGAGAUGACAAAGGCAGCGCCUGAUUCAGAGCGAGGAGAGCAGGAAGGUGAAGGCAGCUGCCGGGAUUCCAGAGAGGCUGAGACCAAACCGGGGAGGGAUGCAUCCUCCUCUGCUCUGCCAUGUCCAGAGGAGCUGCCCGUGUUCACCUCCGCCUCUGAGCUGUACUCUCUGAAGCGAAAGAGAGUGGGGGCAGGCCAGAGGGGAUUCUGUAACUCCUUCAUGAGUGCCAAGGAUCUGCUGAAGCCCCCCGCGUCAGACAAAGGGAUGGAGAGCGGUGGAUUUCUCAGCGCUUGCUCAGGAGAGUCGGCUACGAAGGAGGUCGGGAAGACCACGGGAGAGAAAAGGGCCGAAACGACCCCCGCUGUGCCCGCGUCCAUCCGAGCCAGAGCAAACGCGGCCGGCGCCGCCCUGAACAGCCCCACCAAAGCCGGCAGGGCCCCGAGCAAGAAGCAGCAGAAGCUGGCGGAGGCGGCCAAGAGCUCCCGCAACAUCUCCCAGUUCUUCACGAAGAAGCAAACGGCCGAGAAGCGUGAGGAGGCACAGACGCCCGGGGAGGCGCCGGGUACGUUUCCUCUCAGUUCCCCCGGGGUUUCCGGAGAAAACGCCACCCAGGAGCAGCGCUCGCCCGCAGCCCUGGAGUCAGACGCCGCAGAGCUGAUCCUUGUGGAAAGAGACGCGGAGGUAAUAGUGGUAUCUGAUCAUGAAGAGGAGCAAGCGGAUGAGGUGGAGACUUUGAAACCGGAGCAGGCUGCAGCUCCACAGGAUACAACAGAACAAAACCAACCUGCAGAGGAGCCUAGCCCUCCUGUGAACCAAGAAGUGGGUCAGGGUCACCUGGCGGGCUUGGACUGUUCUCCCCGCUCUUUGGCUGAAGACUUACGCGCUGGAGGAGAUGCACAUGGAGAUCCACGCGGCUCUCCCCCAGCCAAGCGCAGCCGGCCCGCCGACAGGACCAGCCGAAGAGUGAGGUUCAACCCCAACGUGCAGGAGAAGACUCUGCAGCCGCUCAGCGAGCCCCCCCGAGCCGUGACGCUGAAGGAGGCGGCCGAUGUGGUCGUCCGCUACCUGGACCCCUUCUACAAACAGGGGAAGUUCGCCACCAAGGAGCUGUUUAAGUCUUUUGCUCGCUACUUGUCCCACCUUCUAGCAGAAGGUAGAAGUCUGGGGAAAGAACAAGUUAAAUCUGAAGCCAAGGUUCUUAUCAAGAAGUUCUUCAGCAGGGUGCAGCGCUGUGAGAGCGAGGCAGACUGGAAGCAUCUAAAAAGGCCGCAUAGCUUUAAAAACACUGAGAACCAGGAGUGAUGAGCAAUGGAGUCAAUUUUCAGGGUCAAAGCCUUCCUCCGUGCGGGUGCCUCUCAGCUUGUUUUGCUCAAGUGCUUUUUCACAGACGCCUGCAGGUUUGCAGCAGAAGUACCCCCUCCCCCCAACCUGUUUGGCUGCUGCUGUUGAAUCAAAUAUCUGUAAUGAAGCAAUACAAUGUACAAUGGGCAUCGUGGUAGCUCUUCAACUGGCUGAGCAAUGAGCACAUCUGCAGUACAGGUGCCCCAUUAUCAUUUUAGCACGUUUGCUACAGACUGUGCACACUUGACUUUACUGUUUUGCACUCAGGGACAUGGUUCUGGAUGCCAGUCUGCACUGUGAACAGCUACAAGCCAUGUUUCAAAUCUCUAUAAGUGCAUUAUCACACAUACUGUACCUGAAAUGCAUGAUGGCCCAACGCUGCUGGAGGAAUACGACUAUGAGGCUGUUAUUGCACACACAGGUCGCCCCGGGCAGUGUGCCAUCAAACUGCCAUCAGGGCUGCUUCACAACCGGCAUUUUAUAACUUAGGUUAUCAGAAAAAAAAACUGUUUUCAGCUCCUCGUAUUGAUCAGUCAGGUCACAAAGGAACCAUUUAUAGAAAUGGGAUAGAUAAAUAUUUGUCAGCCUACUAACAUGCCCAUGUCAGAUAUUUACCAGUUAUAAUCUUUAAUCCAUUCAGUGGGCGGGACAGAUGGGGAAUGUGUGUGAAGAUCAGCAUUUCGUUGGACUCAAACAGAAAAACACAACGCUGACAUUUUUACAUGAUGAUGGUGCCAAUGAGCAGGUCGCAAAAAGUCAGGUUACAAGUGUAUGCGAGUCAAAUUAUCACCGCUCUGUGAUGGAAAGUGUGAGAAAGCUAGUGAUAACACAGCCCGGCCAGAGCACACUGUGGAGAUGGUGCAAAAAGAUCCACCCGGAUCACUCUACACCAACAAAUGUCAUCCUUUCAUUCUUGAAAAGAUUCAGUUAAGUCUAGCUAAAUCUAAAGCUGUGUUCUGCAAUUACUUUUGUAGUGCAGAAAGUUAGCCUCCUUUAUAUAUUUAAUAGCUGCUACAUGGUGCAUUUUACAUGUAGACAUGAAACAGUGAAAACGUUCAGUUAGUUAUUUUGUUUUUAUUAAAAGUUGAUGCAGUUUUAAAUGGAUCUGUCUCGCUAUGGAAGAAUAUCUUGAGAAAAGCUUUUUUCUUCAUUUUUGUUGUCUGUUUAGUGCCUGCCUUGACUGUGAAAGGUAUGUACUGUAUGUGUGUCUGAAAUGGGGGGGAAAUCCAAAUAUGUUUACACAUAUGUGGAGAGACAAAAGUUCCUCAGUGUUUACAAUAAGGUCUGAGAUGAAUAAAAAAGUGUGAUCCUCAGUAUCAGAGUGUUAGACUUCUUUUAUUGUAUUGUAGCCUAUCUGAUAGUAUACUUUCAUUUCUUCCUUCAGAUUUACAGGAGAGGUUGUAGUAGGUGGAGGCAGUCAUAAUCUAGUGCUGCUGCUUUCAGUGACUCUUUCUAACCUAUAUUCUCAUGCUGUCUUACAUUUUAUUAUAAUACAGAGCUAUAAUAAUGAUUGGAAAUGAGAGUAGAAGGGUAAAUUGGACAAAAAGUCCUGCUGUAUCAUUUCUCAGCUAAAGAGGAAUUAA